AUGGUCUCUGUGAACGGUGUCCCGGCUGCCCGACUGCCAGUUACGCUCCCUGGAGAGGACAGAGCGACCAGAAAAGCACCAGAUUAUCUCAUGGUAGAACAGCCCCCAUUCGAUGAACUCAUGUAUACAAUUGGAGAAACCAUUGAGUUGUCCUGCGCUGCAGAAGAUGCUUCCACAACUACCAAGUGGUGUAAGGAUGGUAUUGGCAUUGUACCGAACAACAGAACAAGCACAAGGCAGGGCCUGCUGAAGAUUAUCAACGUCUCCUCCGAUGACUCCGGGAUAUACAGCUGCAGACUAUGGCAUUCUACAGAGAUUCUGCGCAAUUUUACAAUCAGAGUAACAGACUUGCCAUCAUCUGGUGACGAUGAGGAGGAUGAUGAUGAUGAUGAUGAUGAAACCGAAGACAGAGAACCUCCUCGCUGGACCCAACCUGAGAGGAUGGAAAAGAAACUUAUUGCAGUCCCUGCUGCUAACACAAUCCGCUUCCGGUGCCCAGCCGCAGGGAAUCCCACCCCUACCAUCCACUGGCUAAAGAACGGAAAGGAGUUCAGGGGGGAACAUCGUAUUGGUGGCAUCAAACUCCGACAUCAACAGUGGAGCCUUGUUAUGGAGAGUGUGGUCCCAUCAGAUAAAGGCAACUACACGUGUGUGGUGGAGAACAAAUAUGGAAGCAUCCGUCAAACCUAUCAACUUGAUGUCCUUGAGAGGUCCUCUCACCGGCCCAUCCUUCAGGCUGGGUUACCCGCCAACCAGACGGUUGUGCUUGGGAGCGACGUGGAAUUCCACUGCAAAGUCUACAGUGACGCACAACCUCAUAUUCAGUGGCUUAAACACGUGGAAGUGAAUGGCAGCAAAUACGGCCCAGACGGAGAUCCUUACGUCUCAGUGUUGCAAUCUUUCAUCAAUGGCACUGAAGUCGAUUCUACCCUAAGUCUAAAAAAUGUGACCGAGACCAAUGAAGGACAGUAUGUGUGUAGAGCCAACAAUUUCAUAGGAGUAGCCGAGGCAUCCUUUUGGCUCCACAUUUACAAACCAGCACCAGCAGAACCAGUGGAGAAGGCAUUGACAACAUCUUCCAGCUCUAUCACCGUCCUUAUUGUGGUCACCUCGACCAUUGUGUUCAUACUGUUGGUUAUCAUCGUCAUCACCCACCUCAUGAAGGUCCCUUCCAAGAAGUCAAUGACCGCCCCACCGGUGCAUAAAGUCUCCAAGUUCCCCCUCAAACGGCAGCAGGUGUCUCUAGAGUCCAACUCUUCUAUGAAUUCCAACACCCCGUUGGUGAGGAUCACUCAUCUGUCCUCCAGCGAUGGAACCAUGCUGGCUAAUGUGUCGGAACUUGGCCUGCCACUUGACCCCAAGUGGGAGUUAUUGAGAUCAAGGCUGACUUUAGGAAAGCCCCUCGGGGAAGGCUGCUUCGGUCAGGUGGUGAUGGCAGAAGCUAUUGGCAUUGAUAAGGAAAGGCCAAAUAAGCCUGCUACUGUAGCUGUAAAGAUGCUUAAAGACGAUGCCACAGAUAAAGAUCUCUCAGAUCUGGUCUCUGAGAUGGAGAUGAUGAAAAUGAUUGGGAAGCAUAAAAAUAUCAUCAAUCUGCUGGGAGCAUGCACUCAGGAUGGGCCGCUGUACGUUCUGGUGGAAUACGCAUCGAAAGGGAGCCUCAGGGAGUAUUUAAAGGCACGGCGCCCCCCAGGAAUGGAUUAUUCUUUUGAUGCCUGCAAAAUUCCAGCUGAGCAGCUGACGUUCAAGGACCUAGUUUCUUGUGCCUACCAGGUAGCUCGUGGCAUGGAGUACCUGGCAUCACAAAAAUGCAUUCACAGAGAUCUGGCAGCCAGAAAUGUGUUAGUAACAGAUGACAACGUAAUGAAGAUUGCAGAUUUCGGCUUGGCCAGGGACAUCCACAACAUAGAUUAUUACAAGAAAACAACAAAUGGUCGGCUGCCUGUGAAAUGGAUGGCUCCGGAAGCUUUGUUUGACCGUAUCUACACUCAUCACAGCGAUGUAUGGUCGUACGGAGUGCUGCUGUGGGAGAUAUUUACACUGGGGGGCUCACCCUACCCAGGGAUCCCGGUAGAGGAACUUUUUAAGCUAUUGAAAGAAGGCCACAGAAUGGACAAGCCAGCAAACUGCACACAUGAACUGUAUAUGAUCAUGAGAGAGUGCUGGCACGCUGUCCCCUCACAAAGACCCGCCUUCAAGCAGCUGGUUGAAGACCUUGACCGCGUUCUUACUGUAACAUCUACUAAUGAGUACCUAGACCUCUCGGUAGCAUUCGAGCAGUAUUCUCCACCCAGCCAAGACAGUCACAGCACCUGCUCCUCAGGGGACGACUCAGUCUUUGCUCACGACAUUUUACCCGAUGAACCGUGUCUUCCCAAACACCAGCAGCACAACGGCGCCAUCCCCACAUGACUGCGGUGGGACAUUAAAAACGGGAAAGUAGAAGGAAUCUAGACUUGAUCCCAAGGAGGAAGCUCCCCAAGCUGGAUUGUAUUUUUAUGAGCCGUAUAAAUCACUUGCUGUACUCAAAGUCAAGAAGCACUGUUUCACCUGAAGGAACUCGUUUUUGUGGCAACAUACAGAAAUCUAAUAUAUAUAUAUAUAUAUAUAAUAACGUUGAAGCUCGGAGGAUGGACCUCCAGCCAUAAGCUAUGGAGUGCCAGAGCAAACCAUUCCGUGCCUGAGAUGUGAGACACUGACGUUCCACCGAGGAACUGCGUUUCUAUAGAAUGUAAACCGUGCUCUUCUUUUUAUGCAACAUGAUUGGGCGACUGAUCGGAUCGUGUCGCCGUGUGCACCAUUUUCACAGAUUUACACAAUGGCGGGGGGUGGAAAUUUGGAAAUUUUAUUUAAAACGCACAUUUAGAGGCAGAUUUAUCAAGGGUCAAAUUGAAAAUUUUAAUUUUAGAAUUUUUUUAUGGUCAAAACUGUCACUGGAGAUUUUUUAAAAUUCGAUUUGAGUUUUUUUUUUAAACAUUUCUAAUUCGAUUUUCAAGAUUUAUCAUACUCUGGCUCUUUAAAAACUCUUAAUUCGACUUUUCGCCACCUAAAACCUGCCAAAUUGCUGUUUAAGUCAAUGGGAGACGUCCAGGGAUCCAUUUGGAUUUUUUUGCAGCCUUCCUGACAUUUGAGCAAGUUUUUGGAUUCGAAUCGAAUUUGAUUUCGAGUUUUCGGGUCCAUUUAAUUCAUCCUAGUUUAAAAAAUGUGAUUUUAUUAAUCAAUUUCGAAUGGUCAAAUUUAGGAGAGUUUUUAAAAAUG